AUGCGCUCUGCAUCUUUGGCCAGCGCCCUGGCCCUGGGCGCCUUCGUGCCAUCUUCAGGCGCUGUACCCACUCCAAUCGUCUCUCGGGACUCUUCCAACCCGUUCGUCGGCCGCAAGCUUUCCAUCAAUCACUCUUAUGCAGCCAGCCUCGAAGCUACAUUUGAGGCAUUCAUUGAAGAAGGCGAUGAGCUCAAUGCCCGCAAGACGCGGACGGUUCAGGGGCUAGGGACAUUUCAAUGGGCGCCUGCCAUUAGCCUCCUUGCAAACCUCGACACUGCUAUCUCAGCUGCGCGCGCAGAGCAGAAUCAAGGCGGCGUUCCGCAGGUGGUGGGACUUGUUCUGUACAACCUCCCGGACCGUGAUUGCAGCGCUGGCGAAAGCGCUGGCGAGCUGUCGGGGAGAGACGGCCUACGCCGCUACAAGAAUGAAUAUGUGGAUGCCUGGGCCACGAGACUGAGCCGAGCCUCUGACUUGACAUUUGCCGUCGUUGUGGAGCCUGAUGCUGUUGGAAACAUGGUCACGAACCAAGGCGUACCGCUCUGUGCCGAGGCCAAACCCAUCUACGAAGAAGGCAUUGCGUACGCCAUCUCCAAGUUGCAGCUUCCCAACGUCAAUCUCUAUCUUGAUGCGUCUCAUGGAGGUUGGCUUGGCUGGCCUGAUAACCUUCCCCUGGCUGCACAGCAGUUCAAGGACAUUGUCGAUCGUGCAGGAAACAACGCCACUAUCCGUGGAUUUUCCACCAAUGUCUCGAACUACAACCCAUUCCAUGCCACUGUUCGUGAAAACUACACUGAGUGGAGCCCGUCAUGGGAUGAGGAUCAUUACACAUCUUCCCUUGCGCCUUAUCUGGAGGAGUUGGAUCUGCCUACACGGUUCAUCGUGGAUCAAAGCCGUGUGCAUCUCCCAGGCGCCCGAGAAGAAUGGGGUGAGUGGUGCAACGUGGCGCCUGCCGGACUUGGCGCACCGCAAAAGACAGACCUGGAAAAUCCAUACGUUGACAGCCUCACAUGGGUCAAGCCCCCAGGCGAGAGUGAUGGCCGAUGUGGUCUCGAAGGGGCCCCCGCAGCUGGCCAGUGGUUCAAUGAGUAUGUUCAGAUGCUGGUGGAGAAUGCGGACGAGGAUGUGCAGCCUGCCGACUCUCUUGAAAGGGAGACCAAGUCAUGGUGGCCUCAGUUUUAGCAGCUUUCGCGUGCGUCUGGAGAAGUCGUUCUGUAUAUACUUGACACAAUGAUCCUUCCUCAUCCUUGGUCACUGAGUGUUUGCAGAACAAAAGGCCUCGUAUAGCUCCAUCGGUGAUCAUGGUUGCUUCAGAGUCAGUCAAGUUACUCUUCGUCCUGAGAGACAAUCCCAUGAACCAGGUGAAGCGACACAAGCAUAUGAUCUGAACUCCGUCAACAUACACCGGCUGGUCGUCCACUCCGGUGUGAAACGUUCAGUCUAGGAUGAGAACGGGACUGCAGCCCUGCAUCGCUCAGUAAACGCACAGUGAUGCCACUUGGAACCUCUGCCCUUGCUAAUACCCAGAGCGCAUCAGGCAUCUUCCCUGGCAAGAGCUUCGCUGGGAGUUUGACACAGCAGUGCUUUCCGCAAAAAACGCACAGGCACGGCCAGAGC